AUGACUAUACCUUUCAAUAUACCCAUCUCUGAUCUCGACUUUUGUUUAGAGCAGCUAUUGGAUCAUAAACCUCCAAAGAUCUUGCCUUCUGGUACGAUACAACAGCUUUGUCAUAUGCUAAAAACGCAGCUAUUGGAUGCGCCUAAUAUCUUGUCACUACAGUCUCCUAUUUCGGUCGUGGGAGAUAUACACGGACAGUAUCAUGACAUGUUGGAGAUUUUCAAAAUCGGCGGAUCCCCACCUAAUACCAAUUAUCUUUUCUUAGGAGAUUAUGUGGAUCGUGGCUAUUAUUCUGUGGAGACCAUUUCAUUAUUAUUGGUGUUGAAGCUUCGGUAUCCCAAUCGGGUAAGUCUAAUAAGAGGUAACCACGAAUCUCGAACAAUCACCACAAACUACGGAUUUUACACUGAGGUAUUAAACAAGUACAAUGGGUCUGCUGAUGUAUGGUCAUACAUCACCGAUUUGUUCGACUACCUACCUCUAGGGGCUACCAUUGAUGGCACCGUCUUUGCAUGCCACGGUGGUCUUUCACCAAGCUGUCAACAGUUGGACCAGAUUAGAGCCAUAGACCGAUUUCGCGAGAUCCCUCAUGAUGGUAUAAUGGCCGAUUUGGUGUGGUCCGAUCCUGAUGUUGAAAUCACCGAUUUCAAAUUGAGCCCGAGGGGUGCUGGCUACCUCUUUGGAAGCGAUAUAAUGGAUAAGUUUUGCAACGAUAAUAGCUUGUCUCAAAUGAUUAGAGCUCAUCAAUUAUGCAAUGAAGGGUAUACAAGCUACUGGAAAGGAAAGUGCUUGACUGUUUGGUCAGCACCAAAUUAUUGCUACCGAUGUGGUAACAAGGCAAGUGUAUUAGAGAUCCUACACACGAAUUAUGGAAGCAAAAGCACCGAUGAUAAAAAUGGCGCUGAGCCUAAUGAGACUAAAUCCACGAAACAUCCAUCAUUUAAAUCCACUAUACAAGUUAAGCAAGGUGUUUUACCAGGGCAAUUUUUCAAUGUAUUUGAAGCAUCGACCGAAAAUGAUGAGGAUACUUUGAAUGGGAAGGGAGUCAAUGGAGUGAAUUUGACAGACUCGGACAAUGCCAACACUGACUUUUUUGCUGCAUACUUCCAAGAACGUCCUAAACGUCAACAUGUUGACUAUUUCUUGUAG